AAUCCUGAUGCUUCUCGCGACCUUCGCGGCGAGCGUCACGUACGUCGCCGGGCUUAGCACGCCGGGCGGCUUCUGGGACAGCACGGGGGGCAGCCACCACCCGGGCGACCCGAUUCUCAGGGACCGCCACGACCUGCGCCUGACGGUGUUCUUAUUCUGCAACACCACGGCGUUCGUGGCGUCCCUGUUCAUCAGCACGCAGCUCAUCGCAGACAGGAAGCUCCACGAGGAACCGGAGUCAGGCCUGCCAGGCAAGUAUGCGCUCUACGCCUGCAUCAUCAUCGCGCUGAUCGGCCUGGUCGGCGCGUACAUAGCCGGAAGCUGCAGGGACACCCUCACCACCGUCUCCGUGAUCAUCACCCUGGUUGUCGCUUGCAUCCUACUUGCUGUGCUUUUGAAAUGUCGUUCCUCAAAAUGUGUCACCGGGACAGAGGGUUCAACCACUCAGGUUGGAGUGGCAGGGAUGGUCGCCGGCGCAGGAGAAGAGGCGGGGGCUAGAGGGAUGUCCGGGGAUACGAGCGGGCCAACGAAGGAGGUGGCUCUAACGGUCCGGCCAAAUUUGACUGCAAGUCAAAAAAGUUCCAUGCGACUCCAUUGUGGUAGGUCCCAUGAAAUAGGGGGAAAUCAGCAGACUGAUAAUGUCAGGGAAUGCGAUUCUAGGGAGGCUGUGGACAAGGCUCGUUCUCUUGUUCUACUGCUCGCCUCUCUUGCCGCCACCAUCACCUACGCAGCCGGAUUGGACCCGCCGGGUGGCCUGUGGCAGGAUAACGGCGACGGGCACAUGGCCGGCGACCCGAUCCUUCUCACGACGAACGCUAGGCGGUACAAGGCCUUCUACUACUGCAACUCGGCUGCCUUGGUGACCUCCUUGGUGGCCAUCAUCCUGGUCCAAAAUAAGCUUCUGCUCAAGCACCACGUGCUGGAGGUAGCCAUGAUACUCGUCCUGUUUGGCCUCAUGGGCGCGUAUGCCGCCGGGAGCUGCCGGGACGUGGACACCUCCAUUUACGCCAUGGCCUUGGCAGGCGUUGUCCUUAUCUAUGUGGUGAUCCAUGUCGUCAUUUUCACGCUGGACCAUAAGGACAAGCAAGGUGACGAAGAGCUGCUGGAGAAGAGGCGCAAGCGGUUGCUCCUCUUCGCGAUCUUGGCUGCGACCAUCACCUACCAAGCCGGCCUCACCCCUCCGGGCGGCUUCCUGCUCAAGGACGAUGAGUUCGGGCACCGCGUCGGUGAUCCGAUCCUCUUGCACAACUUCCCGCGCCGCUACAAGGCCUUCUUCUACUGCAACACGGUGAGCUUCAUGUUGUCCAUCGCCCUCAUCAUCCUCCUGGUGAACCCCAAUCUAUACAGGCCAGCCGUUCGAAGCAAUGCGUUAUCUGUUUGUGCGGCGGUGGGCUUGUUUGGUUUGCUGGCGGGCUACGCCGCGGGAAGCACUCAGCACAUCACGACCUCCAUCUACAUCUUCGCGUUGGUGGCCGUGGUCCUCGGCGUUGCCGUCAUUUUGCUGGCGGUUUUUUGGGGAACUGAACUGGAGAGAAAUGGCAAUUCGGCAGCCGAAGUUGAGAGAAAUGGCAUAUCCAUCGCACAGGAGGAAGAGCAAGCAAGUUCGGCAGCACCAUCGGAGCCACAGAGAAAUGGCGUAUCCAUCGACGUCGAAAAGGAAGAAAAGACGAUGCACGCGAAGCGCAAGUACCUGAUGCUGCUAGGCAUCUUGGUGGCGAGCGUGACCUACCAGGCCGGCCUGAAGCCGCCCGGCGGAGCGUGGCAGAGCAGCGGCAACAGGUACGAGGCGGGCAACCCGGUGAUGAACGACAACAGGACGCCCCAGUACCUAACCUUCUUCUACAGCAACUCCAUUUCCUUCGUGGCUUCCAUCCUUGUCAUCAUCAUGCUGCUAAGGCACUGGUGGGUUAUAAACAAGAAGCAUGAAAACAAGGAGGCUGAAAAGAUAAACAAGGAGAAUGAAAAGUGGUCGCUGAGGGUGAUGAAAAUCACUACCGUGGUGAAUUUUCUCGCUCUCCUGGUGGCCUAUGCAGUCGGCUUGUAUGUCGGCGUGUUCAGUGUUGGUUUGCAGGGCUACCUUGCCAUCAUUAUGUUCUGCUUGUCUUGUCAUUGUCAUCGCUAGCCGAGCAGCCAAGGAAAUCAUCAAGCGUGACACAUUAGCAGUGCGCUCUGUACGUACCUCUACUAAUGUGAGUGAGGGCUGUCCACAAACUACUAUAGUAUCUAUGUAAUUCAAAAUAAAUUCAA